AUGGCCCCGCCGUGCCGCUUCGCGCUCGAGCUGCCCGGCUGCGCCCUGCUGCACUUCGCGGUGGGCGGCGCGGGGGGCGCGGGCGGCGCGCGCCCCGACGCCCGCCUGGCCGCGCUGCUGGGGCCCCCGGGGCGCAGCUUCUCGCUGUGCGUGCCCGCGGGCGCCGGCGGGGCGCGGGUGCGGGCGGCCCGGCUGCACCAGCGCCUGCGCGGGCGGCUGCAGCGCGACCCCUUCCGCGGCUGCCAGCUGUGCCCGCUGCUCGGCUAUGGCGGCGGCCCGGACGGCGGCCUGCAGCGCGGCUUCCUGCUGCGCGACCCCCAUGGCGGCCCCGACACCCGCCGCGCCCUGCUGGAGCUGGUGGGCGCCUGCCCGGAGCCCGAGCGCCCGCACCUGGGCGAGUUCGAGGCCGACGCGCGGGGCGCCCUGUGGCUGCGCCUGUGGGCGCUGCGGGACGGCGGGCGGCAGCAGCCCGGGGAGCGCGCGCGCGUCCUGCCGCUGCCCGAGCCGCCGCUGCACCCGGCGGUGCCCGCCCUGCACAGCUCCGUGGUCUUCCCGGACCGGGACGCCGCCAGGGCUGUGCUGCAGGAGUGUGUAUCCUUUAUCCCGGAAGCCCAGGCAGUGCUUGACCUGGUGGACCAGUGCCCAAGGCAGCUCCAGAAAGGAAAGUUCCAGGUGGUUGCCAUUGAAGGACUGGACGCCACUGGUAAAACCACAGUGACCCAGUCGAUUUCCAAGGCCCUCAACGCUGCCCUCCUGCAGUCACCGCCCACGUGCAUCCGACAGUGGAGGAGCAUCUUUGAUGAAGAACCACCCAUCGUUAGAAGAGCUUUCUACUCUUUGGGCAAUUAUCUUGUGGCUUCUGAAAUAGCUAAAGAAUCCAUCAAGGGUCCUGUGAUUCUAGACAGGUACUGGCACAGCACGGCCACCUAUGCCAUCGCCACCGAGGUGAGUGGGGGCCUGCAGCACCUGCCCCCAGCCCACCACCCCGUAUACCAGUGGCCGGGAGACCUGCUCAAGCCCGACCUGGUCCUCCUGCUCACCGUGAGUCCCGAGGAGAGAAUACAAAGGUUGCAGGGCCGUGGCCUGGAGAAGACCAGAGAGGAGGCUGAACUUGAGGCCAACAGCAUUUUCCGUCAGAAGGUGCAAAAGUCCUACCAGCUGAUGGAGAAUCCAAGCUGCCUGGUGGUGGACGCCAGUCCCUCCAGGGAAGAGGUCCUGCAGAAGGUUUUACAGCUGAUCCAAAACCCUGGUAAUUAACUGGAGUUGCUCUGGCCAGCCCACCAGGACAGAUGUCUGCUUCAUCUUAAGCCAACCCUUUUCCUAUGCAACUUCCCUUGAUGUGUCUUCCAUGCUUCCUGCAGGGAGAGAGCCCGGGUGUUUUCAUUUUACUUUUACCACUGUCCUCUUUUCUGACUCACGGAUCCAUCCAGCAAUCGCUUUCGCCUUAGUCUUAUGAACCAUCUUCUUGGAGCAUGUUUCUGAUUUCAUGACAACUAAAACUUGCUAAGGUUUUUCUUAGCCUGCGAGCACCCGGUGUGCUGAAGCAAUCAGGAGUACCUUCCAGCCCAGUGGAGAGUCCGCCAUCUUGGAUGGAAGGCGGGGUCAUCACUGGAUCAUCAGGAUCUCUGAGCAUCCUUGUGAUGGGUUUGCAGCCGCUCCCUCCCCUCCAGAGCCUACAGCCAAGUGUUAGCUGUCAGAGGACAUUCCUCCUGAGCCAUUUGCCAUAGGGAUUGCUGACAAAGAAGCUGUUGAUGAUGUGUCUGAGGCUCAGAGCCUCUGGAGUGUGCAGACACAUCCACGCCUCUCACUGUUUUGCUGUUUCUAUCCUACUCUUUUCUCAGAGAUGCAGCUCUGAAUGUAACGAGCAGUUUGCAUCGAACCCAGCCAAUCCAGCAAUUUAUUUAUAUUGAUGUUUAUGUCACGCGCUUCCUUAGUGUAGGAGCUGUGAGUCACUAAUUAAAAUUGAAGCCAAGAUGUGAAGUGCAGUGUUUGUUAUGUGUUUUCAUUACACAGAUUUACUUCUUACUCAAUAAGCACAGUGAAUUUGAGAAUGGGAAUUUUUUUUUAACUCAAGUAGCUUGAACUUGAAUGUCUUAUGAUUACAUAUGAAGUUGGCUCUGAGAUUUGUUUGAUUAGAAAAAAGCUGAGAAAGGGGAAGUUUAAUAGCUGUGUGUUCCUGGCUGAGUCACUUCACAUCCAAUAGCGCUUCGUUACUCAGUCCAAACGGGACUAAUAAUCCUGUCUGAAUGGGAGGCUGAGCCAGGUGAUUUAUUUAAUUUCCUUCCCGUUCUAACCAUAGAUGGAUCAAUAAAUUAUUUUGAUCCUGCCUACCACUUCUUAGGAAGACUUAACUCAAAACAAUUAAAUGUAAGGCCUUACCAGAUUUAUCAUAUGCCAUCUUAUAAUAAAGUGUGGUAUUGAUAUUCUACUGCCUUUCAAAAGAACUGUAGAUAAUUUAUAUAUAAUGUAUAUUAAAUGUGACAUUGAUUUCGAUUGAAAAUACUUUUGCAGCUAGUAAAUAGAAGUAGGGUUCAUUGCAAAAUAUGGCAUCUAAUUAUACUGUUGAUUUUAUUUAAUUAAGAUGUUUUGAAAAACUCACACCAGUGGCCAAGAAAAAUAUUCAAUGCUUUCUUUAUGUUUCUUGCAAAUGAAUAAACUUGCUAUGGGUUUCCAAUCCA